GAAUAAAGCAGGCGGCAGAAUUGAUGGGCUGCUCCCAGCAGCUUUGUUUUAAUUAAUUUCCAAAGCGCUCCUGUAGCAGAGCAGGCAGUUCCGUCGAAGCCUCCUUCCACCGUGCUCUCACGCUUGUGCCAGCGUGGGGUCUGGGGCAGCGGGGUGAGCCCAGGGGCCGGCCCUGCUUCUGCAAGCCCCGGGGGCUUUUUGGCUAAAGUGUGCAGAAGCUGUUGCUGUUUUUAGACAGGGGGGCUUUUCUCUGGCCGUGAAGCCUCUUUGGUGCCUGCAGCAUGGACAGGCGUAUUUGUCAGGGCUUUUCCUUUUCCCCUUUUUAUUGACUUUCUGCUUGUUCCUGCUGCCAGGGGUCAGCUGGGGCUUUGGCUGGACUUUGCCGAAAGUCCACCUGAAACAGCUGGGUACCAGGUGCUGACGCAGUGCCCUGCCCCUAAGAUAUAAGGGGUUUGAAAAUCGGGUUUGUAGCCUGGUCGGGUGCGUGGUGGCAGGGCUGGGAAGGGGCUGAGGCUGUGUCACCUCCAAAGCUCUCGCAGAACAAGCGGGUUCGUGAAGCUGAACUGCAAGGUGACGGCAGUAAGAGCAGUUCAGCAGUGAAUCUGGGGGCGGUUUGGCUGACAUGGAGGGACCCGGCCCCGGCCAGGACACCGUGCCGACCAGCGCAGAGCCCUCCGACACCAUCAAACUGCUGCACCUGGUUUUCCUCUCCACCUCCUGGGGAAUGCAGAUCUGGGUGACCUUCGUGGCUGGGUUUGUGAUGGGCAGCCACCUCCCUCGCCAUACCUACGGCUUCAUCCAGCGCAAGCUCUUCCCCUACUACUUCCACCUCAGCUCCGCUUGUGCCUUCCUCAACCUGACGCUGUUUGCCAUGUACCACCCCAGCGAGCUGCUCAGCGAUGAACAAACGACCCAGAUCAUCGUCUUCUUCGUCUGCGUCGCCGCUUCCGUGCUGAACACGCAGUGGUUCGGGCAGGUCACCUCUGCCAUCGUGGCCGACAUGCACCUCGUCGAGCGCGGCCACGGCCUCGGCCAGGAGGUCGGGCUGCUUCCCAGCAAGUCCUGCAGGCAGCUGCGUGCCUCCAACCCCAGCUACGGGCAGCUGGCCCGGCGGCUCGCCCUCUACCACGCUCUGUCCUCCCUCUGCAACCUCUGCUGCAUCGCGUGCAACGGCUUGAGCCUGUACUACCUGGCUGCCCAUCUCGCCGCCCUGUGAGAGCAGGAGGCGGCCCUGGCUGGC